AACGAAUAUCUUUAUGGAAUAAUUAAAUAGUGAAGAAUAAGUUAUUAUUGAAGAAAUUAUUCAAUCAUAACACUCAGAACACACUGAAAUACAUAUCAUUGAAUAUAUAUGUUACCCAUUCUACUUAGGCUUGCUCUGUCUAUUGUGUAUCCUUAUCAACUUAAAUAAGCGUAAAUUUAGAAGAAGGUAUUAAUCUUAUUCCUAAAUUCAAGAUAUCGAGUUGAUGAGAUAUUCCUUUUUAUAGCUGUAUAUUUAUUCAAUGUUUUGAUAACAUGGAAUUUUUUUGAUUUUUUCGAUAAAAUAGUUAGAUUCAUUAUCACUCUCAUCAUAAUAUUUGGCAUUCAACAUUAUAUUGGAAGAGUUUAAAUUGUAGGAAUCACUGGAGGAAUAGGUUGCGGUAAAUCCACUAUAUCCAAAUAUUUCAAUGAAUUCCUUAAAGUUUAAGUAAUUGAUUGUGAUCAAAUUGCCAGAGAUAUUGUUGAGCCAGGAAAACCCGCUUAUAAACUUAUAGUUCAGAGAUUCGGACUUUCAAUCCUUGCAGGUAAUCAAGAUGGACAGCCAAUUGAUAGAUAGAAGUUAGCAGACCUUGGUAACGAGUAUUGAUUAGCAUUUUCAGUAUUUUAAGAUCACCAAAAAAGGAAAUAAUUAUAAGCCAUUACCAACAAAUACAUUUUUAAAGAAAUAGCUAAAUCCAUAUGGAAAAUUUGUUUCGUUUAGAAAGAUCAAUAUGUUGUCAUUGAUGCUCCACUAUUAUUUGAAAGUAAAGUUUUAGAGUAUUUCUGCUUCCCCAUUAUUACUGUGGUAGUGACAAGCUAAGAAGAAAUAAUCAAAAGGCAAGUAAUUAUCUCUAUACUAGAGUUAAAGAGAGAAGUGGAUUUAGUGAAGAGUAAAUUUUACAAAGAAUUGAAUCCUAGAUGAAAGCAGAGAUAAAAAUCAAGAAAUCUGACAUUGUAAUUACAAAUGAUAAAUCUGAAAAAGCAUUAUUAAGAUAAGUAUAAG